AUGACGCUCGUUCUUUCGCGGCCCGCUACUCCUUCAUCUCCUUCCCCGCUCCGCACUUCCCAAUUCGCGGCCCAAUUCAACCAGCGGCUGACGGCGAUGCAGCUCUCCGCUGCGGCCGCGGCCACUGCUGCGGUGGAGGUCGCCUCCCACGGCGACGAUGAGACGGCGCUGGUGGACCUGACGAUGAACAAGAUGACGCUCGAUGAGGACCUCUCACCGCGCCGGAAGCGCAAGAGGUCCAAUGCGGUGCUUGUUCGAGUGGAGCCACCCAAGAAGACGCCACGAGCGCAUCGACGGAAUCAGCAUCGACCAUCAUCCCCGGUCAUCGACGACGAUGAGACGUCGACCGAAGUGGGAGAUGAGAGCGCUACCACGACGUCUACCUCUCCUAGCAGCACCGUCGAGGAGCCGGUCUACUAA